AGUGGACCGAGACGGGCAAAAAAGGAGCAGUGAUCCCUUAACACUCCCGAGACUCGACAGAGCAAUCCUCACAUUGUCCACAGCCGGAUCCCGAUCGAGAAUGAACGAAGCGGAAUUCCGAAAACGGGGUAAGGAGAUGGUCGACUACAUCGCCUCGUACAUGGCUUGCAUCGGCUCUCGACGGGUGACCCCGGCCAUCGAACCCGGGUACCUCCGCGCCCUCAUUCCCUCGCGGCCGCCCGAGAGGGCCGAGCCGUGGGAGCAGAUCAUGGACGACGUCGAGAAGAAGAUCCUCAUCGGGGUGACUCACUGGCAACACCCCCGUUUCCACGCCUACUUCCCAGCCGGGAAUUCCUAUCCUUCCAUUCUGGCCGACAUGCUCUCGGAUGGCAUCGGAUGCGUCGGAUUCUCCUGGGCUGCCAGUCCUGCUUGCACGGAGCUGGAAACCAUCGUGCUCGAUUGGGUCGGAAGGAUGAUCGCCCUUCCGAAUCAGUUCCUUGCCUUUUCGGAGAAGAGCAAAGGGGGCGGCGUCAUUCAGACGUCGGCGAGCGAGUGCGUGCUGGUGAGCCUCCUGGCGGCGAGGGCCCAGGCGAUCCGGAGUCUGAAGGCGCAGCAUCCCUUCGUGGAGGAGGGGAUCCUCCUCUCGAAGCUCAUGGCGUAUUGCUCCAAGGAGGCUCAUUCCUGCGUGGAGAAGGCGGCGAUGAUCGGCUUCGUCAAGCUUCGCAUCCUCGAGCCCGACGAACACUUCAGUCUGCGUGGGUCCACCCUCCGACAGGCGAUGGAAGAGGAUCGAGCGAUCGGAUUGAUCCCGUUCUUCGUGUCGACGACCCUGGGCACGACGUCCUGCUGCUCCUUCGACGCCCUGUCGGAGAUCGGGCCCGUCUGCCGGGAGUACAACGUCUGGAUGCACGUGGACAGCGCCUAUGCAGGCAAUGCCUUCAUCUGCCCCGAAUUCCGCUAUCUCAUGAAGGGAGUCGAGUUUGCGUCUUCGUUCAAUCUGAAUCCCAACAAGUGGAUGCUGGUCAAUUUCGACUGUUCUCUCAUGUGGGUGAAAGAUCGAUUCAAGCUGACGCAGGCUCUCGUCGUGGACCCUCUCUACCUUCAGCACAAUUACUCGGAUAAAUCCAUCGACUAUCGACACUGGGGAAUUCCCCUGAGUCGGCGAUUCCGGUCCCUCAAGCUCUGGUUCGUCAUUCGGAAUUACGGCGUCGAGGGACUUCGAAAUUACAUCAGGGAGCAUUGCAGAUUGGCCAAGAAAUUCGAAGAACUGGUCAGGAAGGAUGUUCGAUUCGAGGUCGUCAACAAAGUUCAGAUGGGACUGGUGUGUUUCCGCCUGAAGGGAUCGAACGGAAUGAACCAACGCUUCCUGACGAGCAUGAACGCAUCCGGGACGCUCCACAUGGUUCCGGCAUCCCUCGCCGACAAAUACGUGAUCCGCUUCUGCGUCUGCGCUCAGAACGCGUCGGAGGACGACAUCCGUCUGUUACAUUCUUUCCUGCUUUCUCGCUUUUCUCACCUUUCUCGCCGAGUUUUUAAGUUCUUGGAAGGGAAUCGUGGAAUGGUGCAUGCAUGGACGGUGAUCCAGAAGUUCGCCGAGGACGUGCUGACGAAGACCCGAAGCCUGAGCAUCCCCGAGGAACCGCAGCAGGUACUGAACCCCAACCGGGAACGGGAAUACCUUCGGCAGGCCUCCUUCGGAUCGAGGCGGCACGAGACCCUGUCGCCGGGCUGGACGGGGGAUUCUCCCCUCGAUGGCGCGAUCUGUCGGCGGUCGCAGGGGCGCGGACGCCGGUCGGCCGUCGGUCGAUCCGGUCUGGAAUCGUUCGACGUCGGAUGCGUGAAGGAGGUUGAGACGAGCGAAGAGGAACUGAAGAAGGAAUGGGAGGAGAAGUUCAAGAAGGAUCUCCAGCACAAGAGAUCCUUCUUCGUUCGGAUGGUGAGCGAUCCGAAGAUCUACAACCCGAAGAUCGCCAGGGCUCAUCCUUUCCAGUCGGCCGAAGGUCACAGCAACGUCCUCGAGGAGCCAGUCGUCGAAGAGGAACCCGAGGAGAAGGAGGAAACCCGGAGCCUCGCAACGUGGAUCAGCUGGCCGAUGGCGUUUCUAUUCUCGGGCGUUUUCGACGAGAAGGUUCCGGUUCGUUUCCGACACUUGGACACGAGGGUGACGUUGAAGAGUCCGAAUCAGUCUCGGAGUCCCUCGAGGACCCCGAGGAAGGGAAGCCCCGAGGAAGGCUACAGGAGCAAUUGAAGAAAACCGAUUUCACGUCUGUCUGGAGAUGUUCCGUCGUUUCGAAUCUCGAGUAUUAAAGCG